CGGUCAGUGCCGCCUCCCUCCGAGCCGGAGGCCGAACCGACACCUGAACAUGUGGGCUACUCACUGCGCUUUCAGCCGAGUCAGAGCUCCAGCUGCGAGGUGAUGGAAAGGACGGGAACCUAAGUGGUCAACAACCAACCGGCUGUCUCGCUUGUUAUCUCUGAGGUCAUCUCUGCUCCACCUCUUCACCUGCCCGGGUCCGUUGGAGAACCAGAAUCGCUCUGGCUUUCACACCGCGCCGCUGCUAAUUCUGCUAACGUCGGCUAACCAGCUGCAAGCUCCUAAAAAUGGCCACUGUUUCAAUUCCUGCUGGUACCAGUGCACUGUUACUGGACAUUGAAGGCACCACCACACCAAUCACAUUUGUAAAGGAUAUCUUAUUUCCUUACAUUAGGGAGCAUCUUGAGGAUUACCUGUCCACUCACUGGGAAGAAGACGAAUGCAAACAGGAUGUUCAUCUGCUAAAGAAACAGAUUGAAGAGGACAUGAGGCAGAACCGGGCGUGUCCUGUCCACGCCGUGGACCAGACGGUUCACACGGACGAGGAAAAGGCCAUUAGAGAAGUGGUGGAUAACGUACUAUGGCAGAUGGCGGCGGACAGGAAGUCAACGGCGCUUAAACAGCUCCAAGGUCACAUGUGGAGGACGGCGUAUGCUUCAGGGAGAAUCAAAGGCGAGAUCUAUCAGGAUGUAAUUCCAUCCAUUAAAAGAUGGAGAGGACAGGGCCUGAAAGUCUACAUUUACUCAUCUGGAAGCGUGGAGGCUCAGAAACUUCUGUUCGGAUACUCUGUUGAAGGAGACGUUUUAGAGUUAUUCGACGGUCACUUUGACACCAGUAUAGGACCUAAAGUAGACGGUAAAAGCUACGAGAGAAUUGCAGAGAGGAUCGGCUGUCCACCGGAGGAAAUCACGUUCCUGACAGACGUCACUCGAGAGGCUAAAGCAGCUGAAGAAGCCGGGGUGAAUGUGUUGGUGGUGGUCAGGCCUGGGAACAUGGAGCUGACGGACGAGGAGCGGGCCCACUAUAACCUCAUCACAUCCUUUAACCAACUCGAACUGACGGGACGAGUUUAACACGGAGCGCGGAGGAAGACGAGGAGAACUUCUCUGACUUCAUGUCAUAAUGACCUUUUCCUUCUCUUCUUUGCCCCCUCCCCUCCCAAACCCCCCUCCUCCUCCCACCCACCUUUUUU